AUGAGUGCACCGUCCAUCGAACUGACCGCUCCAAACGGAGUAAAAUACUCCCAGCCCACCGGUCUUUUCAUCAACAAUGAGUUUGUAUACUCAAAGUCCGGACAGACCAUCACAUCUAUCGACCCCGCAACUGAAAAGGAUAUUGCCACUGUGCAAGCCGCAGGGCCAGAAGACGUAGAUGCUGCCGUCAAGGCUGCCCAUGCCGCCUUGAAGCACCCCUCAUGGAAACAGAUGCCCGUAUCUGACAGGGGCAAACUGAUGAGCCGUCUGGCUGAUCGCAAAACCUACGCUGAAGCCCUCGGCGUCGACCUCGAAGAAACCAUAGGCACCUUUCGCUACUACUCCGGCUGGGCGGACAAGAUCUCCGGCCAAACCAUCUCCACGACUCACCAAAAGUUUGCCUACACGCUCCGCCAGCCCAUCGGUGUCGUCGGCCAAAUCAUCCCCUGGAACUAUCCCCUCUCCAUGGCCUCCUGGAAACUCGGGCCAGCGCUCGCCUGCGGAAACACAGUCGUCAUAAAGGCAGCCGAACAAACUCCCCUCAGCAUCCUGGUGCUCGCCCAACUAAUCAAGGAAGUUGGCUUCCCACCAGGCGUUGUCAACGUCGUCAAUGGAUAUGGAAAGGACGGAGGUGCCGCAUUGGUUGAGCACCCUCUCGUAGAUAAAGUUGCCUUCACGGGCUCUACCGCCACAGCCAGGCACAUCAUGAGAAUGGCAUCCGCUACGCUCAAGAACAUUACUCUCGAGACGGGAGGAAAGUCUCCGCUGCUCGUAUUCGCAGACAGCGACUUAGAACAGGCUGUCAAGUGGUCACAUCUGGGAAUCAUGUCCAACCAAGGCCAGAUAUGUACCGCCACGUCGCGCAUCCUCGUCGAGGACAGCAUCUACGACAAAUUCGUCGACCAGUUCGUCCAGCAGACCAAGACGGUCAGCAAGGUCGGCGACCAGUGGAGCGAGGAUACCUACCAAGGCCCGCAGGUCUCCAAGGUGCAGUACGAGCGAGUCCUCGAGUAUGUCGAAGCCGGCAAGGCUGAGGGCGCGAGACUCAUGUCUGGCGGGAAACCGCUCGACGUCAACACCAAGGGAUUCUUUGUCGAACCCACCAUCUUUACUGAAGUCAAGGACAGCAUGCGCAUCUAUCGGGAGGAGAUUUUUGGCCCAGUCGUGGUCAUCAGCCGGUUUACUUCGGAAGAGGACGCCAUUGCUCGCGCCAACGACUCUACGUAUGGUCUUGGAGCGGCCGUCUUCACCAAGGAUCUCGAGCGGGCGCAUCGCGUGGCAUCAGAAAUUGAGGCUGGCAUGGUCUGGGUAAAUAGCAGUAAUGACGGCGAUCCCAAGAUUCCCUUUGGCGGUGUCAAGCAGAGCGGUAUUGGGAGAGAGCUGGGUGAAGCUGGUCUCGAGGCGUAUAGCCAGGUCAAGGCCGUUCAUAUAAACAUGGGCAACCGUCUUUAA